UGCGAAGAUCAAGCAAAAUUGAAAGACUUCGCUGCUCGGACUUUUGCUUAGUCAAAUAUGAUAUGAUAAUAUUUCGAUCAUAUUAAAAAGCAUGUUGUGUGCUAAUAGUAAUAAUUGUUACAAAUAAGCACGUGUGUUGUUUUUGAAAAUGUUUUGUAAUUGGUCUUCUGCGCAACAAUGACGCAGCUGAAGUUAGCAAAUGAAGCGGCUUGAACAUGGCGCACUUCACUUACGCCAGACUUUCUUGUAGCAUGACUAAAUACGCCAACAGAUCGUUCAUUUUACAAACCGGACCACAAAUAACAGCUGCGUCUGCCUGCCGUUUACAGUUUACACGCUGGCACAGGUCGGCGGACCCCGAGGCCUUGCGGGAGCGUCAGAGGCGGCAGAUGGCUCGAGGCCUCCCCAAGCAGAAGCCCAUCGCGGGGGUCCAGCAGGUGCUGGUGGUGGCUUCCGGGAAAGGCGGCGUGGGAAAGUCCACCACGGCGGUCAACUUGGCGCUGGCGUUGAUGGCCAACGAGCCGUCCAAGUCUGUAGGUCUGCUGGACGCCGACGUCUACGGUCCGUCCAUCCCCAAAAUGAUGAACCUCAAGGGCAACCCGGAGCUCACUGACAACAAUCGGAUGCUCCCGCUCACCAACUACGGCGUCCCCUGUAUGUCGAUGGGCUUCCUGGUGGACGACGACGCCCCCAUCGCGUGGAGGGGCCUCAUGGUCAUGUCGGCCGUCGACAAGCUGCUCAGACAAGUGGAGUGGGGCCGUCUGGACUACCUGGUGAUCGACAUGCCUCCCGGGACGGGCGACGUACAGCUGACCGUCACGCAGAGCGUCCCCGUAGCAGGCGCCGUGAUCGUGUCCACCCCGCAGGACGUCGCCCUGAUGGACGCCCGCAGGGGGGCCGAGAUGUUCAAGAAAGUCAACGUGCCGGUCCUGGGCCUGGUGCAGAACAUGAGCGCAUUCCGGUGCCCCAAGUGCCACCACGAGACGGCCAUCUUCGGCUCGGACGGCGCCUCGCAGCUGGCGGACGCCUUGGGAGUCGCAUUAUUAGGUGACGUUCCUCUUCACGCCAACAUCCGAGAAACGUCCGACCGAGGGAAACCCGUCGUCGUGUCCUCGGCGGGCAGCCCGGAGGCUCUGUCGUACCUGAAAGUGGCGAGCGCGGUCGUCCGCAGGCUGGCCGAGAUCGACGCUUGACGGAGACACGACGGAAAGACGUUCCUCGUUCCUCGUUCCUCGUUCUUCGUUCUUCGACUCUACUUGUGUCGUAUUUCCUCCAAUAAAUCCUCAAAGUCUU